AUGACUUCCUCAUCAAAAGUUCAGCGUUUGAAAGUAACGGUUAAAAUUCAGUGGUUCAGUUGGCUGACAUAUUUCAUCAAAAGACCAAGCAGCGACAACAUGUUGUUCAGAUCAAUGGCAACAGCAGGUUUAGGGACUAAGUUGUCUCUUUGUCAGAGGACCCUUUUUUUAUCGGGGCUAACUACUAUAAAAAACGCAGCAUCACUCAUACCCAAACGUUAUAAUGUAACCAAUGCCACUGAGCUUAAGGAGACACCUAAGGGAUCCCAAAUGCUUGAGAAAUAUAAAUUGCCUAAACAAUCACAGUUUGAAGGUUCCUACCAGGAGGAAUAUGAGAAGAUCACUAAGUAUGCGUUGCUUCCACUAACAGUCAUUCCAUUUUAUGCAUCAUUCACAGGUGAAGUGCUUCACCCCCUAAUAGAUGGAACAUUAGCCAGUUUAUUUUUGUUGUAUACACAGUACGGGUUUACUAGUCUUAUUAUUGACCAUCUGCCGAAAGAGAAAUAUGGGAGGUGGCACAAAGCUGCUGUGUACUUUCUUUAUUCGUGUUCAGCAUUGAGUUUGUAUGGGGUCUAUGAACUGGAAACGAAAAAUAAUGGUUUAGUUGAUUUGAUAAAAAAACUAUGGAAUGAUGAUGACUCACAUUUGUACAUAUUUGGAAGAGACUAA